AUGAACUGAGGGAGGAAGAAGAAGAAGAAAACCAGAAGGAGAGCAAUGGCGAACCGGCGAUGCCUCCAGGCGCUGACCCGCCACGCCACGCCUCUCUCCUCGUCGCUCCGCCGCCGCCUCACGACUCCGCCGGCCGCCGCUCCGCCUCCUCCCAGAUCGCUCCUCGAAGCUCGGCCGGCGUCGCCCGGUCUCGAGCCGAGCCGGUGCCCUCUAUGGCCGCCGCGGGCGCGUCUCUUCUGCUCCAACAGGACGAGCGAGGACGACGACGAGGACGACGAGGACGAGGACGAGGACGAGGGCGAUGAGUCGGACGGCGAGGGAGGCGAGGUGAUGGAGGAGAGCGAUUGCGAGACCGGCAAGGCCUCGUCGCGUUCCAAGUGGGAUUACACGGCCGAGGAGAUGGAGGCCGAGGCCGCCGCGAUUGGGUACACGGUGAUGGGCCCCCUGGAGAAGUCGGACCGGGUUUUCACGCCUUACGAGCCGGUUUUCGCCGUCGUUCAGAUUGGUUCGCACCAGUUCAAGGUGAGCAAUGGGGACUGCAUUUUCACGGAGCGGCUCAAGUUCUGCGACAUCAAUGACAAGUUGAUUUUGAACAAAGUUCUACUGCUCGGCUCACAGACUCAGACAAUUGUUGGCAGACCGACAGUUCCAGAUGCAGCUGUGCAUGCAGUCGUCGAGGAGCAUGCAUUAGAUGCAAAAGUAAUUAUUUUUAAGAAAAAGAGGAGGAAGAACUACCGGCGAACCAAAGGACACCGACAGGAACUCACCAAGUUGAGGAUAACUGACAUUCAGGGAAUUGCGAAACCUGAGAAGACAGACGAUGAGAAACCUGUAAAAUCAGCAGUUAAGAAGUCGGAGAAGGUUGCUGUUGCAGCAUAGGAUCAUAUUUUUCCAUGGUCAUUUCCCAAUAAUGGUUCCGAUGCUACUUCUGCAUCAUAAGCACCAGUUGGACAUGCUGCAUGCUCAAUGUAUUGUCUGAAAGGAUUUGCCUGCCAAGUGCCGAGCACCUUUUAAGAUGUGGUAAUACCAUCAUAGCACCAAUAGUACAUGCUUUGAGUCUCCGAGCACCUUUUAAGACCUGGUCUAAUCCUGAAUUCCUCCAGAUUGAAGUAAUUUUUCUAGGAUCAUGAGAGCAUUGAUCUUGCUUCUUAUCUGGAUAUGACUGAUGAAUCACAUGUGGCAAGAGAUCUUGAGUUUAGAUUGCUGCAAGGCAUCAGGGUAGAGCUUUUCUGUACCUCAUUUAAUGGAUCGAAUGCUUCUUAUUAUUUUGAUUUUUAUGUAUUGCAAUGUAGUGGGGAUAGUUUUGAUUCAA